AGAGAUAUUGUAAGAAAAGAAAUGAUAGGGAUAUUCUGGUGUAUGUAUUUGAUAAUCUCUAAUCUUUUUAAGGUUGGUACAAUAUAUGACACAAGUUCAACUUUCUCAUUCAACACCACAGUCAGUAAAGGACUGUGGUACAGACAUUGAGGGACAUCAGGUGGUAACAUUUAGAUAUGGCUUCCAGUUUAAGGCACUUGCAGAAACUAGCUAGUCCUAAAAAUGUAUCGCCUUUGUGCAUCUCUAGAAAUGAAGCCAAAUCACCCCAUUCUUCCAAGAAAUACUAUAGUUCUCUGUACACACCAGUAACAGAUAGUUUGAGUGUUACAAAAGCCUCCCAUAAUGCAACAAAGAGUUCAAAUAUGGGUAUGUGUUUAUCACCAUCAAGAAACUGUGCAGCUCAGAAGCUGGAAUGGAGUUCAGAAUUUGCUUCAUCACCAAGGAGCUGUUCUAAAACUUUAUCUUUUGGUACAAAUGAGAGAACUGUAGGUGGUGUAGAUGCAUUGGUGACACUUGACACACAGAAAAUAAUAGCUCUGUUAUCACAUGGACUGAAUUCCAAGAAACACUGGAUAAGGUUGGGCAAAGGCAGCUUUGGAACUGUUAUCCAGGCAAAGUACAAAGGUGAAGAUGUGGCUGUGAAAGUAAUUCCAAAAAGCAGGUUUCAAAAGUCCAUAGGAUCAUUGAGAAAUGAGUCUAAUGCUUUAAAAUUGUCUCAUAAGAAUGUUGUAAAAGUACUACAUGUGAUACCUACAGGGGGGGAAUAUGGUCUUGUCUUUAUGGAACUUUGCAAUGGCCAAAACUUGCAGUCCGUUAUCUCUGACCCAACGUUUGUCAUGAAUAGCACCCGGAGAACAAGGUAUGCUCUUGAUAUUGCACUUGCACUCCAUCACUGCCAUGGCAACAAGAUACUGCAUCUUGAUGUGAAACCUAGCAACAUCAUGGUUUGUUCACAAGCAGAUUAUUGCAAACUCUGUGACUUUGGAAGCUCUCAUGUUCUAGGGGAUGAAGGGUACUGUACUGUGUCGCCAAAUAUGAAUACUGUUAUGUAUACAGACCCAGACAUUCUCCAAGGUAAAUUACCCUCUGAAAAGUCUGAUGUUUACUCCCUUGGAAUUACAUGCUGGCAACUAUUGUCUCAUGAAGUUCCAUAUCAAGGAUACACAUUACAUGAAAUAAUAUAUAAGGUAGGCUCUGGCAGGCUCCGACCAGAGCCAAUACAAGAUGUUAAAUUACAAGAUUUCAUUAGUCUGUACAGUCUUUGCUGGAACCAGGAUCCUAUUAGCAGACCAUCUAUCUGCACUAUUAUCAAUGAACUUAAGAAAAUAAUUGCAUCUUUGAACAUGCGAAAUACAUAGGAAUGUUGCAACAUCUGAACGUCAAUUAAAUAUGUCCAGAGUUCUACGUGUGAUGCCAUUUGUGUUCAUGUUUUCAUUGAAGAUGAUUUAUAACAUUAUAAGCAGCAUUGAAAUAAUUGUAGUGUCUUUUCAAAUAUUCUUUUAUUACAAAAGGUAAUUACAUUUUAUGCAUUUUAAAUUUGUACAAAAACAAAAGAGACUCUUCAUGCAUCAGGCAUAUCUCCUCCAGGUACAAGCUGAAAAGAAAGAAGAAUGUGAAUUUAUCAUUGGUAGAAAUAUUAAUGUCACUCUGUAACCUACUGAAAGGGUCAUUUUAGAACUUUCAUGCACUGUUAAAACAUUAUCUAUUAUAUCACAGAUGCUUUUUGGCAACUUGUGCCAUCCUCAUUGUAUUCCUGUGGUUAAUGUGCCUUCAUCAACAAUUUAAAUAAAAUCUUUUAUUCAGUUAU